UGUAGUGAGCAAAUGACAUCUUUCAACAGUACAAGACAGAUCGAAUUGUGUUCCAAAUAAUUGUUGUGGGAACAAAAUUUAAUUUAUUCAAGUUUUAAAUGAGCUUAAGGAUUGCGAUUGUUUCCAAACCUCAUCUGUUAAGGACCAAGACACACUCGGGUUUGAGUUCCAGCUAAUUUAUUCGGGAAAUCAGGUGCUUCCCUCUCCCCCUCACCCCAUCCUGUCCUCUCUGCAUGGUCAUGUUCUGCUGUUGCUACCCCUCCAGAACCUCAUCUCUCCUGAUAGUCCUCCUCAGCCUUACCCCCCUGCUGGCCCUUGCUACACCUGCACUUCAGCAGAGACUCUCAGUCAGCAGCAGUAUCAAUGAGGCUCUCAACUUGGCAAAAGAGGACCCGGGGGCAGCAGAAGGACCUGCUUGGACACAUAGGAAUGUGGAGAACCAACUCCAGAAACCUUUGGGACAGGAACAUGUCUCAGAUAUGAACUCUGCCAGAGCUCUAGCUUCUGUUCUGCUUGAGGCUCUUGACCACCCAGCCAGAGAGAAGAUGACCAUUAAAGGGGAUUCUGAAGAGGGAAAUCAGGGAACCAGCAAAGACCUUAAGCAGAACAGAGAAAAUGAGGAGGACACAGAGAAAUCAUCAGUUGGGGGACAAGAAAAGGCAAAAGGAGAACAAACGGAGAAUGAGACGAAUGUGACUGAAGUGCAGAACCGGUCUAUUAUGGCCACCCCCCUUCAGCGCAAAUCCAGGGGCUAUUUCCAAAACAUUGACCUCGGACUGCAAGACAAUGAGAUUCUCCCUCCUUUAAAAGGCUACAAAGCCUAUAACCAGCAGCUAGCCCAGGCGACCAAAAAGCUUAAGUGGCAAGAGGAGCGAACUAGAAACCCAUCCCAGCUCGAGAGAAAUUUCAUGGACGAUUUCGAUUUUGUGGAAGAAGAGGAGGAGAUUCUAACUCGCAAGGAGGAGGAGGCACGGGCACGGGCAGAGCAGGAGGAGGUGAGACGGCAGGAGGCAGAGGCGCAGGAGGCACGUGAGGAGGAGCAGAGAUUGGCCGACAUAGCCUCUGACAUGCUACUGGACUACAUGGGCAGAAAGCCGAAAGUAUCCUCCUACAUGAGAGACAUGAAGAAGGCGGCGCUUCUAAACAAUGUGGCCGAGGACAAGCGCUCUAAUGAGGUGGAAGACAGUGAUGAUGAUGAUGAGAUGGAUCCUCAGACGAUUGACAAGCUGAUCGAAAUCUCAAGCAAGCUGCACCUGCCUGCCGAUGAUGUGGUCGAAAUAAUCAGUGACGUUCAGGAGAAAAAGAAAAAAAGGAAGGAUUUACCACAAACUAACACCCCUCGUUUCCGCCCUCUGGUUCCUCUCAAAGCCAAACCGAGGCCUCAGGCAUAUCAAUAUCCUAAGUCACCUAAGCAAUCCUCUUAUACAGUCAAUCCUUAUAAGAAAUGGUACAAGGAGAAAAACAAAGCCAAGCUCAGCAAGCAGGACUACUGGUUUAAGCCACAGAAGCAGUUUCUGGCCUAUCCCUCAUUCCCCUAUUAUCAGAAGCCAUAUCGAGCAUAUUACCCAGUCUUCUUCCCUCCCCCUAAGCCGCGGUUCUAUACCAAUCCUGCUCUUUCCUUUGACUACAACUUUGGGGGCUCCAUGGGGUAUGGCAUCAAACCUCCCAACCGUAAUUACAGAGACAGGGCAAAAGCAAGGGACUGGAAAUGGGCACAAGCCCCACAACGCUCCCAGAGCCCAUAUCCACAACCAGACACUGUCAUUCCUAAUUACAUUCUCCCCCAUCCUCGAACUUACCAGACUCUUCCCAUGCCCAAACCGCGCUCUCCUCCCAGUGGGAGAGCACCUUCUUACAUCUACCCACCAGACUAUGUGUACGAUGAGCCGGAGUCUCCACACGACAAUGAUGAAGAACUGGAGAACUUCAUUGAGAAGAUUUAUUACAACCGUAGAUUAUUUUAGUCUGUGAGAGUUCAGGAGUUUUAUUCUAAAGCGAUGAAACUAGCGAUGAAAGAGUGAGGAGAAUGCUGGGCAAAAACAUAGAGCUUUUGAGCGACAGGGCUGUGAAAAGACAGUUAGGUGUUUCUUCUCCACUCUUGUUUUUUGAUACAUUCCAAAUUAGGAAUGGAAGAGACGGUUGCUGUAAUCAGAACCUCUCAGCGUGCACUCAUUUGGUUUCUCUCGCAGUUUACAUUUUAAUUUGGUGAGAGAAUAUGCAGGUGAAUUUGAAAGGUUUCAUACAGGUGUGUUUUUGAUUCUCUUGCAUGUCAAAGAAGGAAGAAAAAAAAGGUAAAAUGAACAACCAAACAACAACUAAACUUUUUAGGUGCCAAUUGCAAGAGACCCAUGUUUACACAAAUAUUUAUUUUCUUUAGGAAACACUUGAUUAAUUGAAAAGCAAAGGGAUGAAUUGUUGACGCUGCAGGGCACAGUAAUAAUUGCUAUGGUACUAGUUACAAAAACAAGUAACAGUCAAAUUAUUACAGGCUUUUCCUGAGGGUCUGUUGGAAUGUUUUGAUCAAUGUUCCUAUUGCCUUAUAAUGAUCACUGUUUUAACUCAUUCAUGUGCAUGCAGGUCUUGCACCACUAAAAAGAAUUGUCAUGCACGCUGUAAACAACGCUUGAAAUUAAAUCUUCCAUUUUAUUCACAGAAAUGCAAAUUGGUGAAUAUCUUUGCUAGGUGAGUGCCCUGUCAAAUGGCUUGGUGGAAUUUACCUGUACACAUGUGAUUUAUGUAAACGUCACAUCCUGCCAAAAUUUUCAGCAAAUUUUGAAAAACGCCCGUUAUUGUGGGUAAGCGCCAACGUUCGACCACUGAGUACAGGAUUUUUUUGUCUCGAGAGCCAACAGAAUGCUGUAUAGUCAUGUUUGUUCCUUAAACAGUUUUAAAAUGUCUGAAAUUUGUGAGGAAUAAUAUGAGGGUAAAAAGUUUGCACGUCUAUCUGUAUUUGCAUCUUAAAAAAAAAAAAACACUUAAAAAUUUGGGGAAAAUCGCCUGUUUGAUCAAACUGUGAUUAUUGAAAAAAAAAAAGAAAAAAAAAAAAAGAAAGAGAACUCUUAAUUACUAUAGCAAGUGUUUUCAUCAGUGAACUGUCUUGUGAAAGGAAUUUGUUGUUGUCAACUUCCAGAUUGUAAGUUGUACAGUGUCAAAUAAACAAAUG